AUGAACUGGCCCUUCUUCAGAACAGCUGCAGUGCUGUUCAUUUUCCUGGUGGUGCUGGAAGUUAACAGUGAAUUUCAAAUCCAGGUCAGAGAUUAUAACACUAAAAAUGGCACCAUCAAGUGGCAUUCCGUCAGGAGGCAAAAACGUGAGUGGAUCAAGUUCGCUGCAGCCUGCCGUGAAGGUGAGGACAACUCAAAGAGGAACCCAAUUGCCAAAAUUCACUCAGAUUGUGCUGCAAACCAGCAAGUUACAUACCGCAUCUCUGGAGUAGGAAUUGAUCAACCACCUUAUGGAAUCUUUGUUGUUAAUCAAAAAACUGGUGAAAUUAAUAUAACAUCCAUAGUUGAUCGAGAGGUCACCCCGUUUUUCAUUAUCUAUUGUCGGGCUGUGAAUUCACUGGGCCAAGAUUUGGAGAGAAUUCUUGAGCUCAGAGUCAGGGUUUUGGAUAUAAAUGACAACCCUCCGGUAUUUUCUAUGUCUACUUUUCUGGGACAAAUAGAAGAAAAUUCUAAUGCCAAUACACUGGUGAUGAUGCUCAAUGCUACUGAUGCAGAUGAACCAAAUAAUUUGAACUCCAAAAUAGCCUUCAAGAUCGUAAGACAAGAACCUCCUGAUUCAACAAUGUUUAUUAUCAACAGAUACACUGCAGAAAUUCGAACAAGGAAUAAUUUUCUGGACAGAGAGCAAUAUGGCCAGUACUCUCUAUUUGUAAGAGGCUCAGACCGAGAUGGUGGGGCAGAUGGAAUGGCAGCAGAGUGUGAAUGCAGCAUUAAAAUCCUCGAUGUCAAUGAUAACAUCCCAUACAUGGAACAGUCAUCAUAUUCUAUAAGUAUUGAAGAAAAUGCUCUAAAUUCAAAUUUGCUCCAGAUUAGAAUAAUUGAUUUGGAUGAGGAGUUCUCAGCUAACUGGAUGGCAGUCAUUUUCUUUAUCUCUGGAAAUGAGGGAAAUUGGUUUGAUAUAGAAAUGAAUGAAAGAACAAAUGUGGGAACUUUAAAGGUUAUUAAGCCCCUAGAUUAUGAAGCUAUGAAGAAUCUGCAACUUAGUCUUGGUGUUAGAAAUAAAGCUGAAUUUCAUCAAUCAAUUAUGUCUCAAUAUAAACUCACAGCAACUGCAGUCUCUGUGACUGUGUUAAAUGUAGUUGAAGGCUCAGUGUUCCGUCCAGGUUCAAAGACAUUCACAGUAACUAGAGAGAUGGGACAAAGCUAUCAAUUGGGAGACUUUAUAGCUACUGAUCUGGACACAGGUCUACCUUCAACCACUGUUAGAUAUGUAAUGGGAAGUAAUCCAGCUGGCCUAAUCGCUAUUGACUCAAAAACGGGCAUAAUUAUUUUGAGAAAUAAAGUUACUGUUCAACAAUAUGAAAUGCUUAAGGAAAAAUACCAAGGAACAAUUCUAUCUAUAGAUGAUGCUCUUCAAAGAACUUCUACUGGUACAAUUAUUAUUAAACUUGAAGAUGAUGAACCUUCUAAUAACAAUACCAGUACUAGCACAAAUGGCCUUACUUCCUCAGAUGUUACCACUAAUACCCACAAAAACGAUGUCACGGUUAGCACAAACACUUUUCAUGAUGGUCACUCCACUGCUUUUAAUCUAAAAAACAAUGAUAAUGUACAUUUUGGUCCUGCUGGCAUUGGACUACUCAUCAUGGGAUUCUUGGUCCUAGGAUUGGUCCCAUUUUUGUUGAUGUUUUGUGACUGUGGAGGUGUCCCUGGUAGCGGGGCCAGAUUUAAGCCUGUUCCUGAAUGUUUGGAUGGAGCAAUUCAUUCGUGGGCGGUGGAAGGAGCGCAGCCCAAACUUGUGGAUUUGACCAAUAUCUCUGCACCACAAAUACCACCCAAUAACGCAGAUAUUAUUGAGUGCCUUGACAACUCAGGGGUUUACACAAAUGAGUAUCGUGGCAGAAAAAUGCAAGAUCUGGGAGGAGGAGAAAAAACGACAGCAUUGGAAGUAGUGGAUGGAGUUAAAACAUCAGGAGCACCUAAGAUAUGUCAAGAAUAUUCUGGAACAUUAAGAAGAAGUUCUAUGAGGGAAUGUAGAGAAGGAGGGCUGAAUAUGAACUUCAUGGAAAAUUACUUCUGCCAGAAAGCAUAUGCUUAUGCAGAUGAAGACGAAGCACGCCCAUCCAAUGACUGUUUGCUCAUAUAUGAUAUUGAAGGUGUAGGUUCCCCUGCGGGCUCUGUGGGUUGUUGUAGCUUCAUUGGAGAAGACUUGGAUGACAGCUUUUUGGAUACACUGGGGCCUAAAUUUAAGAAGUUGGCAGAUAUCAGCCUGGGAAAAGGAGUUGAACCAUAUCCAGACCCUGAUCCCUCUUGGCCACCUGACAGCACUGAACCGACCUGCCCUCUGCAGGGAACAGAGCCCAUUGGUGGUGGACACCCACACAUCUCCCCACAUUUCGGCACCACCACCAUCAUUUCUGAGAGUACCUACUCUUCGGGACGUGGGGUACAGCACCCUAUUCCUGAUCCUCUGGGCUAUGGUAAUGUCACUUUAACUGAGUCUUACACCACCUUGGGCACUCUGAAGCCCUCUGUCCACGUUUACGAUAACCAACAUGCAUCAAACGUGGUGGUGACAGAGAGGGUGGUCGGCCCAAUCUCUGGUGUCAAUCUGCAUGGGAUGUUAGAGAUGCCUGACUUGAGAGAUGGGUCAAAUGUUAUAGUGACAGAAAGGGUAAUAACACCCGGUUCAAGCCUGCCCUCCACUUUGACCCUCCCUGAUCCUAGAGAGUCUUCAAAUGUAGUAGUGACAGAAAGAGUAAUCCGGCCAAAUUCCGGCCUAGUGGGCAAUCUGAGUGUGCACUCCGAUUUAUCAAACACCCGCAAUGUGAUUGUGACAGAGAAGGUAGUUUCAGUAACCGGCAUUAGUGGCCCAGCUGGGCUAGGUGGAGGCAGUGGCCUAGGCAACAGUGGCCUGGUGGGCAAUGGUGGUGGCAUUGGGCUGAGCAGCCUGGGAGGGGGCGGGGGCCUGAGUAGCAGCAUCGGGGGCACAUCCACCAUUGGCCACUUGAGGGGCUCCUCUGAGCAUCACUUUAGCAAUACCCUAGGAUCUGCCUCCCCUAUCACGGCCCAAAGUCGAAUCACAAAGUACGGUACAGGACAAUAUACCAAGUAG